CGAAAUCUUCCAUAACGCGGAAGAAAAGGAAAAACCAAAAGGAAAACUCUUUGCUGCUCGAAUUCUGGACGGGUAGAUGGAGUGGGUUGAUUGUGGGUGUUGUCCACGGUGGGGCUAAGGGUAGUGUUCGUUUUGUUGCUUUACUCGUUCUUCUUGUAUGGCAAGUGGAGCUUCGGGUUUGGAAGUUUUUUGAAGCGGUUUGUUAACGUGUAAUAAGGAAGAAAAAUAAAUGGCUGAAGUUGGUGCUGGUGAGGGGACUAGACGGCGGUUGCCGCUGUGGAUGCAGGGUAAAGCAAGUAAGCCGGACGGAGGAGAUAAAAGCGGUGGCAUCCAAGAGGAUGGGGGUGGGCUUGUCUCUGGCAAUUCUAAGCCCAAAAAACAGUCUAUAAAAGCUGUCUUGCCUAGUGAAAAAGGUGAAACCAAGAAGAGGAAAAGGAAAAUUAGUCAACAAGAUAAAACAUGUGAUGUUGAAACUGGUUCACACAAGAAAAUGAGUACUGGGCUUCAGGAAAAACAAGUUCGGGAGUCUUCUCUUCAGCGAAAAAGAAAAGCAAUGAGUGGUAGGUUGAGAAGUGGCAAGGAUAGUAAAAUCCUAUCUCCAUCUGAUGAUGACAUGGAACUGACUCCAGAAGAUUUGUUGAGCAUUGCCAAGGAGUAUGUCAAAGCUGAUAAGGGCGUAGAGCUGCAAGAAUUAUCAAUUAGGGAAUGUGAAUUUGGAAGGCCAUUGUCAACCACCGCUUCUUCCAAAACCAAGUCAGAAAGUUCUCUUAUUGAUGAUAACCAAAGAGUACCUGCUCAUGAAACAACUUAUGAUUCAACUCAAAGUCUGACAAGUGAAAAACAUUUCAUCAAUACCAGCAGAACAGGAGAUCCUGCUCAGGACAUGCUGCAUCUGUUUUUAGGUCCUUUAUUAAAUAAAACUGCAGAGGAGAAGAGGACUGAAUUUAUUACGAAGGAUCUGGCAUUUGCCAACAAAUUAGGAAAGGGAAGUCAGAAUGAUGUUAAAGAAGAAACAGCCCCUUUGAUGAAGAAGAAGAGCACACUUAGGGAUAAGGUAGCAGUGCUACUUGAUUGAAUAAGAACAGAAGGCAUGUUAAUAACUAUUCAUAUUGUGAAAUAAACAUGAACUCCAAGGCAAAUCCUGAUCUUCUUGAUUAUAUAUCGUGCCACAGUUGCCAAAGGACAUUUUAAGUAGAUCUUUGCUGUGGUGACAGACUGUUAGGUGCACCUUAUUACAUUGGCCUAUCAUUGUUUAUAAAGUGUACAGCUUACCAGCAUGCUAGGUAUUUUGGGUUUUUUUUUUUUUCUUUCGUACUAUUAGCUGACUCCAUACAAUGAUAUGUAAGUGAUUACGUGUAACUUUUCUUUUUGAACAAGCCUCUUUCAAGUAUCAGUUUGUAAGAUCUGGCCUUUCAUGUUGCUAAAUCCUGUUUUAAAUUGUAAAGAUUCAAUGAAAAUUAGUUGUAAUUUUGCCCUGUUGGCAAAGAAUUAGUAAUU